GCUGCUCCCAGCUCUUUGAAUAAGGAAGUGCAGCAGCAAGAAAAGUAGCAGGUUUAUAGCAUUAUUCCUGCUGCUGAGAAGUGAAGACAUGCUCUCAAUCUGCCGUCUCCUUACACACCGAGCCCAGGUAUACCCAGAGCCCCUUACUUACACCCCAAAUCCAGGUAUACCCCCAGCCCCUUACUUACACCCCAAAUCCAGGUAUAUCCAGAGUCCCUUACUUACACCGCAAAUCCAGGUAUACCCUGAGUCCCUUACUUACACCCCAAAUCCAGGUAUAUCCAGAGUCCCUUACUUACACCGCAAAUCCAGGUAUACCCUGAGUCCCUUACUUACACCGCAAAUCCAGGUAUACCCUGAGUCCCUUACUUACACCGCAAAUCCAGGUAUACCCUGAGUCCCUUACUUACAACCCAAAUCCAGGUAUACCGUGUGUGUGUAUGUGUGUAUGUAUGUAUGUAUAUAUAUAUAUAUAUAAGUGAGGCCAGGUAUGCACAUAGACCCAUACUCAUACAUCUGUACAUAUUGAGCCAAGAAACACCCUUUUAAAAAAUCGUUUUCAUACAAUGAGAUCCUGCUUAUGCUGUUGGAACUGCCUGGGUGCAGACCUUUCACACCCUGAACCCAGGUCCUGGUUGAGUCCCUAACUAACACACUCACAGGGUAUUCACAAAACCGUGAAUUGUACGAAAUGAAAAUCCAAAUUUAUAGUUAAGUAGGAAAUGUUUUCGCAUUUUUGAUUUUAAUACUCAGUUUGUAGUUUAGUGAAUAAACCAGUCCAGUCCUAGUCACACACGAAGCAUAGAGACUGAUUACCAAGGCUCAUGUCUGUACUCAAUGCCCAGAAAGGUACGAAUUCCAAGUACACUCUUUCAUAUGGAGUUCAGACUAGACUUGUACACACAGCCUACAUCUUGACUGAGUAUCCCUGCUCACAAUGCACUCACAAACUGACUGAAUCUAGAAUUACUGAUCACAUCUCCGUACUGCCUGAGAUUAGUGGGAGUUACAGCCACCACUUAUUUCAACUUCUGCCAUUAAAAUGGUGUCAAGUGCCACUUGGGAGUGAUACCCGCACUAAUCUUGGGCAAAGAGGGAACCAUGUACGUCCCAGUUCUGCCACAGAUAAGGUUUCCACAAACCAUGCAAAGCAGAUCAGUGCAUUGUUCCUUGUUCAUUUUGGUAAAUGAUCAUACAGGUGAUGUCACCAUCCAUGCAGUUUAGGAAACUAAAAAAAAUAAUUGUAACAUGAAAUCUAUCUGCAGACACAAGAUUACAACACUGCGAGCCAGUUUACUAAUGUGGGUCUCUUGUGCCAUGUAAUAAAAAUGAUAUAGCAUACCUCCCAAUAUUUCAAAUGGACAAAAAAUAACCCUCUAAUUUGACCGGUGUGACUGGGGGUGUGGCCAGGGGAAAGGCAGUUCGGAGAAAUUUUAGAUGGCUCACUAAUAAUUUAUGCAACUAGAAUAAUGUAUCUCACUUACGCAAAGUGAUUUCUAAACACACCAUGUAAAUUAAACAUACUUUACUGUGAGUAUUAAAGCUGCAGUCACUCCUUCCCUGAAACAUGUUUCAUAAAGAUAGAAUCUUUAUAAAAUAAUACUGAAAUUCCAACUCUGUCAAGAGAUAUACUGAGACAAAUAAGGGACUUGUACCUUUUAAGGGUUAAUGACAAUAUAUUGCAAAAUUCUCUUGUAUGCAAAUACAGUCGUGGAUGACAGAGCAUGUAAAAACAAAAAGCACCUCUGAACGGGCAAGAGCAGACCGACUUUGCGAAGUUCUGUCUUCAGCUUAUUGCAAAUCCCUACAGAGAUUCAAACAUUAUUGUAUAUAAGCACCUGGGAAAAAUAAAAUAAGUCUGGCUACUCUCUACCUGAAAAUUCCUGGCUACAAGCAAUUAGUAUGCAUAGGAGCCAUAACACUUUGUGCUUCCCAUGUUGAGAUCUCUCAGAAAAUGCUGUACAGAUGGUAUUUAGUUCCUACAAGAAUAGCUUCUAUGCGCCACACAAAAUCAAAUAAAUGUUGGAGGUUUACCCAAGAAAAAGGCACUACGUUACACGUCUGGUGAGGAUGUUCCAAACGUCGCUAAUACUGGCAGGAUGAAAUCUGUUUUUCUGUGUCUCCUUAUAUUUGUAGUCCGAGACAAAUAUCCUAAACAUGUAGAAUACUUAAUUUUCCACACCCUUAUAGCUGCUCUGACCCUAUUGGCUAGAAACUGGGCCUUUACAGAGAUCCCCACAAUACAAGAGUUCUCCAAAUGGAUCUCUCAAACAGGGAGAUAUGAACUGUCAGUCAGUCAGAAUGGCAUGCUCCCUGGGCAUCUACUGGAAGAAUGCUUUUUAAAAGUGGUACCAAACGCCAGCCACAAUGAGUUUUCUCCAUAGGGUUCAUUAUUUCAUUUUGGAGAUCCAAAGAUCGGACAGCUGCACCUAUGGAUUUUAAUUUACAAGGAAUUGAAUAUAUGAUGCAUUCUUAAACGAAAAUGUCAGUUUUAAAUCUGUGUAGGCAGACACCUAACAACCAAAACUACUACUGGCAGUGAACACUUCUUGCUGUUGUCUCUUCACUGAAGCACACUAUGUACUCCCCCUUUCCCAACCCCAUCCUUCCCCUCUUAGACAUUGUCUGUUUGCCAAAACAGCAAAUUCACUAUAUACACUUAUGUUUGUCUUAUUGAUUGUGUGUGUAGGGCUAAUUCCUAAUGUAUGGCAUACAACUGUACUUAAGGGAGUCUUUUUUGACUGUGUUGUGUAUGCUGCUUUGUACUAAAAAAAUAAACUUCUAAUUUUGAAAAAAAUAAAAUAGCCAAAGACAGCUUUCAGUUCAGUUACUCUGGCCUACAAGGUUUACUCCAACCACCAUGACCACUUCAGUGAUUUGAAGUGGUCAUGGUGGCUUGAGUAUGUAUGUGCAGUGUUUCUGCUUGAAAUACUGCACAUACACAGAUGUUAAUUGUGUACUGCAGGCUAGUUGCACCCAAGUACACUUAACAUUUGCAGCCCAAAACUCUGUUCCAGGCUGCCGAUGUCAAUUCUGUGCAUAAAAAAAAAAAACACCUGUCAUUAGUGCAUGCUGCCGACAAACGUAAAAAUUGCUUCCCACUCCCACCCACUGUGCGCAACCUUCCACUACGUAGCUUUGUUUUUUUUUCAACCCUCCCAUUUCCCACGAUCCCUCCAAUUGCUGGCCCAAAGCAUGCGCAUACGCUCUGAGCCAACAAAAUGGUCCAAUCACAGGCUUCUCUGUGCAAAGCCUGAGAUUGGACUGUGCCCGGCCCCUGUGACGUUGGAUGGGGCAUGGAAGAUCAGUGUCGGGAGCCACACCUGAUGCUGGAUUCAGGGUUAGUAAAAACGCUAUUUUUGCAAGCUAUACUGCAAAUGGAUGGGCGGACGUUCGCUACAGGGCAUUGUACACAGAAAAUUUCCCCCGCCCCCUUUAAAUUUAAAUUUUAUUUUCAAUUCUCACUUUAGUGAAUAACUCUCUAAGUCUCCAUAGUCUUCCCAAUUUUUGUGCAGAGAGUGAAUUAAGGAAGACCACAGAGACUAACAGUGUUAUUUACUAAACUGAGAAUCCAAACUGAUUUUCAAAUUUAAGGCCAAAUUAGCCAACCUGGAAGCAUUGCUAAAUUAGAGCAUGUUUCCAGUUCAACUAUUCUAACCUUAAAUUUGAAAUGCACUUUGAAUUCGCUGCUAUUGUCAGUUUUCAAACUCUGUCUGACCCAAGGUGUAUUUAUAUGGCUGAAGGAUCAUCUCAUUUACUAAAGGUAGGGAUGAGUUUUUCUCUUUUAUUUAUUUAUAUACACACUUCAUCUGAAAAACUCUUAUUCCUGUAGAUUACAUGUAAUAUAGGUCACUGGUCUAAUUUAGUACAUGGUGCGUUAUUACUACAGCUCCUUAUGUCCAUAAGCAAUACAAUAUACACUCCAGGUAAAUUUUUUUUAGGUUGCACCCUUUAUUAUCCUACAAAAUAUAUAAUAAUGUAUAGAUGUUAUACUGUAGAUAGAAUGUGCUAAAAUGAGACUUUCCACAUCUGCAAUGCAGUUAUUCCUCUUUUUUGCAAAAAUACACCAUGGUCUAGUUUCCUGGGCAGUGAUUUAAUUCCCAGAAGUAACAUGUAGAGAGGUAAGUGAGCCUGGCUUCCAGCCACACUACUGUCACAUCACACACGUGUAUAUUGACACGUAUCACUUUGUUUUUUUCAAUCCAUGUUUCAGGUCUCCUCUGCACUUGUCCGGUAUGCAAGCAAUUUACAACCCCCUUUCCAGAUUAAACAUCUGGAUCAUUUGGUGCUGACUGUACGGUGCCUGGAGAAAACCGUCAAGUUCUACACUGAGGUCCUGGGCAUGGAAGUCACAACCUUCAAGGUACAAGCAGAUAUAGCAAAGCAAACAGGGGGAGAACGGAUAAGAGGACACAUAGGUCAGAGCCAACAUAUUUAAAGAAUGGCAAAACACAAUACUACUGAUCGUUCUUUUUAUACUAGGUGGCAGCUUUGAAAACAACUGUGUGUGUGUAUACAAACAACCCACAACCUCACCCUCGGUGCUAGGUGUGGAUCAAAUGCACUGACCCUUUAGGACUGUAUUAAUUACAGCUUCCCCAGGGCAUAUCCCAGAGUAUAUUUCCUUAUAAAACAAUCAACCCACAUUUUGUUCAUACCCUGGUCGUUUGAGUAACAGUUGCCUGAUGUAAAACAAAACAAAAAAAACAUAUCCUCUGGCCACCUCCACCAACUGUAAUGAGCCAGGGCUUCAGCCCUUAAGCUUCCACUAUAUGGCAGCAUGGAUAAAGUGCAUGAUAUAAAUGGAACUCAUCCAGGCAUGAGGGACAAUGGGAAAGAAUGUGAAGAUCUUUCUCAAUUCAAAAAAGAUUAGGUGUACACUCAGUAUUGGAAAUUAAUGAUAAGAACCACCACUGGUGUGCAUAUGGAGCGCUUACAAAUUUGUCCAUAUGCACACCAGUGGUGGUUCUUAUCAUUAAUUUCCAAUACUGAGUGUACACCUAAUCUUUUUUGUACUAAUCUAUAGGGUAGAGAGUCCCUAUUUGUGUGGUAGCUGCUGUCAUUCUAUUCAAUUAUUAACUGAAAGCGCCUUGAAAACACACAAAUUCUUAUUUCUGUGAACUUUCUCAAUUCAGUUAUGCCAAUCAUCAGACACUCUAGUUAUUUUGCCAUGUCACGGGGGGAGCAGAGAACACAAAAGUGGGUGAAAUGUCAGGUUGAAAUCUAAGACAGACAUAGUAGGGUCCAAUGACGAUAGUUGGAAGUUAGGGGUGACAAAGAACAUCUUCUUUGUCACCCCUAACUUCCAACUAUCGUCAUUGACAAGAGAGAAACAAGUUUUAGGACAUGUGGAUGAGAUCAGUGGGGAGGGUCAUACACUCUUAAACAAGUGCUGAAUACCAAGAUUUUGUGUGGUAGCCCUCCUUGAGCUACGCUAUCCUCCAUUAAUUCACUUCUUCCAAAAUGAAUACCAGUAAAGCGGUUAAAAGCACACUUAAGGCACCCAGACUACUUCAUCUCAUUGAAGUUGUCUGGGUGCAGUGUCCAUGUCCCCCUUAGUCCUGCAAUGUAAAUCAUUACAGGUUUAGACAAACUGCAAUGCUUACUUUGCAGUACUAAGACUGACUCUAGUGGCUGUCUAUCAGACAGCCAUUUGAGGCGCCUCCUGUAGUUUCACAGAGUUUGACUCCAUGAAACAAUGCUGGAAGUCCUCACACUCUGCAUAAGGAUAUAAGGCAAUGCUUUCCUAUGGGGAAGGCCUAAUGCAGAUUAGGUUCCCCAUGAGAUGACGGAGAAGGCAAAGCACGAGCUAGUGCUGAGGGACAUCAGGUAAGUAAAUUAAGAGUUUUCUAACUCUUUAUGUGCCGGGGAGGAGGGCCACCAAAGGGCACAAUAUUCAUAACUUUAAAAGUAUACAUCAAAUUCACAUAAAACCAGCAUAUGUAGUAUUCAAACAUAUGUCAAAAUCAUACGAAUUGGUCAAGUGGUUCAAAAGUUAUAUGGAAGACCUUUGUGAUCGACUGCAAGCAUGGCUUUCCAGCCCAAACCAGUUCCACAGAGUUAGGCUGUGCAGCCGGUCUAUCUUCUCCUCUAUCCUGGAGAUAAUUGGCUUAACUGGGUGUGGUAAGCCAACUAUCUCCAGGUACAGAAAAUAUCUCUAUUCACAACAGCAAAAAUACCUAACUCCUAUCAUACUCAACAGAACCCCUACCUAUUCCCAGAUAGCAUGGAUCUGAGCGCUCAAUAUAUCCGAACAGCGCUCAAAUCCCACAAACACAGUCAAAUCGCCAUACACACUAGGUCCAUAGUCAUGGGGCAGAAGACUGGCAAUUAGGCUUCUCCAUAACACAGGGAAGCAGGGCAAUUUUUCGCAUAAAAUAAAAGUUACAAAAGGCCUUUUGUAACACUCACCCGCUUUGCUUCCUCUCCUCCAACUGCUUCACCUAACUAAUAAAACGACAGGCUAUAACCAUUAUAUUGUCUGUAUGAACGGUUUUCCUCUAGGGUUAAUGUAAUUGAAUUUAAAGCCAUAAUGCAUCAUUCCUUUGUAUAGGUGAAAUAAAGUGUUUAUUGCACUCUUUGUUUCAGGGUAACCGCAAAGCCUUGAGCUUUGGAAUACAGAAGAUUAAUCUUCACGAGGCAGGAAAAGAGUUUGAGCCCAAGGCUAACCUUCCUACUCCAGGUUCAGCAGAUCUGUGUUUAAUAACAGAGACUCCAAUAAGCACAGUACUUAAACACCUCCAGGUACAUCACUGACCUUCCAAUAUCCCCUUUAACAAUCAUUUCAUAGAUUGCAAGUGCUGCUUUCCCGAUUACCAGGGUAUUUUGACUGGCUAAACGAACACUCCAAACAUCAUGGCCACUACAGCAUGUUCAUACUACUAGAACGCACUGUGUGUGUAACUAAUUAUAUAUAUAUAUAUAUAUAUACACACACACACACUUAUUUAUAUAUAUUUUUUCCUUUUAACCAACGCUAAAAUCUAUAUAGAUUUGUGUAAAAUUAGGUAUGAAGACCUCACUCAUAGGUAAUUAAAUAAAGCAUGUGUAUUGUUAUUGUUGCAGAUCAUAACAUUCACAGAUUCCUUCAAAUGUGUUCAGAGGGUUUGAUUCUUGAUAAAUAUAACAUUCUGUGCAUUGAUAUUCCCUUUACCAAUGAAGCCCAGUGUGAUGCUUGUGCUCAUUUAGAAUGGGAACUUCCAAUUUACUAAAUGACCUAAAUAUCAAAUUGUAUACACAUAAAAAGAGGGACCACUCUAAGUCCUAAAUUGAAGGUGACACAUACUGACCCAAGAAUAGAUUUGGAGCCCCCAUCUUCAUCCGGGGAAGCACCUUUGAAGCGUGCUUUUCAUCUAUAUUCUGUGAGUGCAUUCUACUAAGCGCUAAGAACCUUAUUUUACUGUAUCAUACUGUUUCUGUGUAUUUUGAUUUCUCUAUGCUCUACCAGCUGUAUCCCUCUUCCUAUGUGUAUACAAUUUGGCUAUUAAGAUUACUACCUGGGAGGUAAUCUAAGAGAAGCUGUUUUAUUUAUAGAUAAGUAUUAUCAUUUUUGUUAUCACCACACUCCUUGUACACUUGUGGUGGAAGUACUUUAAAUAAUUUUUGCCAAGGAAACCAUGCACUUGCCCCACACUCCCUCUAUUGGCUUGACCUGUGGUUUUAAAACCCAUGCAUUUCACAACCCCUCCAAAUUAUCAAUGUGCAGUCCAAUAUACUUGCUUGACAAUUCCUUGAGCAGAAGGAACGUUGCUGACAUUUUGCAUCUGGAUUGCUCUUGUGGGCGAGAUCAGUCUGAUAUGCAAAUUGUAUAGGUUCUCUCUGUAAUGGCACAAGUGAGCAAAAACUUUUUUUGAGACCUGAGCGGGGACUAAACAAAAAGCAACAUAUUGCAUUGUCACAGCUUUUGCUCAUUCUCAUAUUCUCUGUUUUCGCAUCAUCACCCCGUAUACAUUUACAGAAAGUGAGAUGUUGAACUACAAGCCACUUUAUUCACUAAAUAUUAAAUUAUAAUAUAAACCAAAUUUUUUUCUAUUUUAAACUCUCUAUAGUGUUCCUUUAACACAUGAUCUGAUUAUCAUCUUUGUAUAAAGAUAUAUUUUUUACAUACUGCUAGUUGAGUACAGCCAGGGAUGUGUCUACCGCAAGGCAAACAAGGCAUUUGCCUUGGGCGGCAAUUUCCAGGGGGUGGAAAACAUGCCGCCCCCAAAUGCCCAGGCAAAUACCUUGUUUGCCUCGUUUUAUGGGAGCCCAUGAGCUGGCCACCUUUGGGCUUCUCUGGGACAGGUGGCCACUUGUUUCCCGGGCAGGCGGCGAGGGAGCACUUUCCCCUGAGCUCUCUCGCGCAACCCGCAGUAAUGCCGGGUGCCGGAAUAUCAUAUCACUCUGCGGUGCGUGAGGGAAAGUGCUCUCCCUCGCUGAAAACUUUGAGCGCCUGCCUGCCCGCCCGUCCGCCUUCCUGCACAACAGCCCCACUGGACCCCAGGUAAAAUCCACCCAGCUAUCCCAAAUGUUUGGAGGCUGGGUGGAUUUAAAUUAAAAAUAAUAAUAAUUGUGAGUGUGGGGAAAUGUCAGUGAAUGUGUGUGUGUGUUUCAGUGAGUGUAUCAGUGAAUGUGUGUAUCUGAAUGAUUGUAUACGUCUGUCAGCGUGUGUUUAAAUGAUUGUAUGUGUGUCAGAUUGUGUCAAAUCAGUGAGUGUAUGUGUGUCAGUGUAUCUGAGAGUGCGUGUUGGUCCGUGAGUGUCUGUCAGUCAAAAUGUGUGUAAGUUAACAGGAAGGGGUGGGUAUAUUUAAAUUAGGGGGUGCCCGAGAUCUGUCAUGCCUAGGGCAGUACCAUAUUAAAAUACACCACUGAGUACAGCUAUACUUAAACGAUUUAAUUUGUUUGUUGCAGGACUGUGGGGUCAAACUCGAAGAAGGGCCAGUGCCACGGACAGGAGCUGUAGGGGAGAUCAUAUCUGUGUAUUUCCGGGACCCUGACCACAAUUUAAUAGAGGUGUCAAAUUAUCACGGAGCUUUAAACACGAAGUCUUGAGCAGAUUUUGUGUACUUGUGUAAAGUGUGCAUUUUUACUAAAUAACUUUUUGUCCUCCCCCACCAAGUAUAAGAACAUAUGAAGUCUACACCAAUACUUUACUUACAUAGCAAAUUCUGUUAAUAAAGUUUAAAACAUAACUAAACAGGAAUACAGUUUACUCUGAUGACGUAUUGAAAAUAGUGCUUUUGCCCUCUGAUGCUUAGCUCUGACAAUUUACAACACACUGUGCAGGCUGCAGGGAUCCUCUACUACCAAGAAAGCCACAGGAUAGGGGAAAAAAACUCCAUUACUUUUUAAGUUGUAAAACAGAAAAUAAAAAAAUCUUAAAGUAAAGGAUCAUACAUUUGUAACAUUUCAGAACAGAAAAUAUUAUUCAUUGUGUGUAUGGAUCCGUUUAGGGUUUAGUGACCACUUAUAUAUUACAUUCUGUAAAUUUUAUAAUUGAAACAGCAAUGUACUUCUUGUAAUGUAGGCUCUAACGGACCAAAAAUAAAUGAAAAACCUAGGCAUACAUAGUAUUUUCAAAAUCAGGACAGAACAUUUUUUUCUUCUUUUAUGUAUUUUUCUGAAAAUAUUUAUUUGCAAUU